AUGCUGGUGGACUGGCUGAGGAGGAGGAAUCAGAUCACCGCGGUUCUGUCCGUCAAGGAUCUCAACGGCAACACGGCCCUGCAUGCUGCAGCUCAAUUUGGAUGUCCAGGGUAUGUAUAUAAAACAUGCAUAAUUGCGGAAAAAAUAGUGAAACUUGUGAAAUUAAACAGACUGAAUUCCGACAAGAAGACUGCUCUAGACCUUGCCAAAAUGUUCCAUCAAACUGCAGUGGAAAAAAUCUUAGAAGACAAAGGGGCCAAGGAAAGCAUGGACAUUAACAUACCUCUAACAACAACCGACUACGUCCUCACUGAAUCAACCUUGCAUGAAAAAAUAUCCCGAGACUACUACUACCUCACGGCGCAGCUCAUCCUCGAGAUGCGCAACACCAUCUUGGUAGUGGCCACACUCAUCGUGGCCGCCACCUACCAGGGGGUGCUCCAGCCCCCUGGCGGAGUCUAUCCCUCUCCCGACCCAGAAACCCUAGUGAGCCGCCUCCACCCUAGUAUGGGGCGGAGACUGCUGCAGUUAGGAGAUGACACUGUUCUUGAUCCUCCACGUCUGCUUGGUGUUCAUGUGCAUUAUUACACGGGCAUCUCCAACAUGAUCUAUUACAUGUCGCUCUACGCCAUUGUCGGGGCUUAUGUCGUGAAGCUCCUGUAUUAUCCGGUGAAAGCGCUCCUUGUCGAUGAGGAUUGGUGGCUGCGGGGACUCAGUGUCAAAUUUGCCAAUCGUUUUAGCGGAUCCCAAGGGAAAUUCUCCGAUGCUGUUAUGAAGAUGAAGAAGCAGCACACUGUGCUACGUCUUAAUUGA